ACUGCAAAUGCAGAGGUGACACUGUCAUUGCUGCAGGCACUCAGGGCUGCUAUAAAGUGAAGAUUUGUGCUCAAUUUCCACAGGCAAAGAAAUACUGCUUUGAUCUGAAUGCUACAAAUGCAGAAAUGAUUUGGCAACAAAUGUCACAUUGGACAUGCCUGCUCAAAGCCCUGAUUUUCAGUCUGCUUCUGCAGCCACUAAUGACACAGCCUUCCAUUAUCACUCAGCCAAACUUUGUCCUGUUGUUGGCUGAUGAUCUUGGUAUAGGGGAUGUAGGUUGCUACGGGAAUGAUACUAUCAGGACUCCAAACAUUGAUCGCCUGGCAAGGGAAGGAGUGAAGCUGACCCAACACAUCUCUGCAGCUCCACUUUGCACCCCCAGCAGAGCAGCGUUUCUCACUGGCAGAUAUCCCAUUCGAUCAGGAAUGGAUGCUAUAAACAAUUACCGUGUUAUUUUUUGGAAUGGUGGCUCAGGAGGGCUCCCUCCAAAUGAGACCACUUUUGCCAAAAUACUGCAGCGACAAGGCUACAGCACAGGACUAAUCGGGAAGUGGCAUCUAGGUGUUAAUUGUGAACACCGAAAUGACCAUUGUCAUCACCCUUUGAACCAUGGGUUUGAUUAUUUCUAUGGGAUGCCUUUUACGCUAAUAAGUGACUGCCAAACAACAGAAGAACCAGAGAUGGAUAGAGCCUUCAGAAGGAAAGUUCGGCUUUAUACUCAGAUGAUUGCCCUCGCUACGCUCACCACUGCCCUAGGGAAACUCACCGGCUUGUUUUCUGUCCACUGGAAAACAGUGACCUGCCUUGCUCUGUUUAGUCUCCUUUUUUUUGUGUCCUGGUUCUCAAGUUAUGGAUUUGUAAGAUAUUGGAACUGCAUUAUAAUGAGAAACCAUGAAGUCACUGAGCAGCCAAUGGUGACAGAAAGGACUACAUCUUUUAUUUUGAGAGAGGCCAUUUCAUUUAUUGAAAGAAAUAAGCACAAGCCAUUCCUCCUCUUUCUUUCAUUUUUACACUCUCACACCCCUCUACUCACAUCAGAGAAGUUUCUUGGGAAGAGUAGCCAUGGCUUAUAUGGUGACAAUGUAGAGGAGAUGGACUGGAUGGUGGGGCAGGUUCUAGAUGCUAUUGACAGGAAAGGUUUGAAAAAAAAUACACUAGUUUACUUUGCCUCUGAUCAUGGUGGAUGGCUGGAGAGACAAGAAGGCAAAAGGCAGCUGGGUGGUUGGAAUGGAAUAUACAGAGGUGGAAAAGCUAUGGGAGGCUGGGAAGGAGGAAUCCGCGUCCCAGGAAUAUUUAGAUGGCCAGGAGUGUUACCUGCGGGCAGAGUGAUCAGUGAACCUACCAGCCUUAUGGACAUCUAUCCCACAGUAGUUCAUUUGGCUGGAGGAGUAGUACCUCAGGACAGAGUAAUUGAUGGCCGGGAUUUGAUGCCUUUACUACAAGGAACAGUUGAGCACUCAGAGCACAAGUUCCUGUUUCAUUACUGUGGCACUCAUUUACAUGCUGUGCGAUGGCACCAGAAGGACAGUGGAGCUGUCUGGAAGGCUCAUUUUGUAACCCCAAACUUUCGUCCACUCGGGGCUGGAGCUUGUUACGACAGAGGAUUUUGCCCAUGUUUUGGGGAAGGCGUGACCCAUCAUGACCCUCCACUACUGUUUGACCUCUCACGAGACCCUUCUGAGUCCCAGCCUCUUUAA